UUGCUUCUUCAUUUCAGAUCAUGAAUACUCAUUUACAGCAUGUUCGCCAGCGUCUUCAAAUGGUAGAAUUGGAUCGUUCAUGGAAUUUGAGUGUUUAGAUGCAGGGUUGUUCGACCUCGACCAGAAGAUGAAUAGGAGCAGCAAAAUACCAGAAAGAGAAA